AUGUCUGCUGAAGCUUCCGUUUCGUACGCCGCCCUUAUCUUGGCCGACGCUGGUGUUGAGAUCUCCUCCGACAACUUGUUGGCCGUCACCAAGGCCGCUGGUGCCUCCGUUGACAACGUCUGGGCCGACAUCUUCUCCAAGGCUUUGGAGGGUAAGGACUUGAAGGACUUGCUCUUCUCCAUGGCCGCUGCUGCUCCAGCUGGUGGUGCUGCUGCCGGUGGUGCCGCCGCUGCUGGUGGUGCUACUGAGGCUGCCGCUGAGGAGAAGGAGGAAGAGGCUGCUGAGGAGUCUGAUGAUGACAUGGGCUUCGGUUUGUUCGAUUAA